AUGCCUAUUGAAAAUAAUAGAGGGAAAAAAUCUGCAGGACCUCAUUGGGAAUUAACUGCUAUUGCAGACGAACGCAUGAAUGCAAGUUUCCAUGCUGAAAUAAACGAAUCUAUGGAAGAGUAAAUGUUCUAUGGAAAAGGAAAAGGCUGUAAUUUCAUCGUUGGUAAAUGUGAUUAAAAAAUAGAGAAUUUUGUAGCCCACCAUGGAUCUUCUAAUUAUAAUUUUGGUUAAUUUAAAGAUUCUGAUUAUAAUACUUCUUGUUAUUGCGCCAAAGAAUUCUAAGGAAAUAACGAUUAGUUAAAAAAAUUAUGA